UACUGUCAUAUUCACAGAGUACUUUUGAAAAUUUUGUAAUAUACCAAUAUAUUGUUAUUUUAUCCUUUAAAUUAUUUUUUUAAAUUUAGUUAAUGUGGUCAUAUAGGCAACGAACAUUAUCCAUUAAAGAAAUUAAAACUAUUAAAAUUCAAAGUUCGACGGGAGUGUAUUUUCUUAAUAUUAUCAAAGAAAACUAAUCUUUUUAAUAUCCAUCGUAUUAUAAUAUUUUAGUUCGUUGUUUUACAUACUUAAUUUAACAUAAUACCAGCUAUAAACUUGUAGCCCUUGUUCUAUUUAGUAAUACCUUAAUAUAUUAAAUAAGUAACGGAUGGUAAUGAAAAGUAUUACAAUAACGGUAUCGCAGAAAAGCAUAUAUAAAACACCUCAAUAUUUUGUUGAUACCUGAACAAAAACAUUUCUUUAAAAAAUAAUUGGAUUCUAAUUUCAAAUAGCUCAGGAACUAAUGUCCAUUUUGCUUAAGUAUUGAUAUAACAGUUAAAUUUGGAAAUAGAUUAUGACAUUCUAAAAUUUGGUAUUGUAGUGUUAAAAAAAAGAAAAGCAUGGUAGAGGCAAGUAAAUUUUGGUUUGAGAAAGCCUGUAGUGGCUGCCAAUGUCAGGAGUUGAUUCAUCCUUGGACUAAAGGUUGUGCUAAUGCUACUUCAUCAAUGUUUCUCAGUUGCAUCAAGGGAAGUUAUAAGUUUUAUGCUAUGGUUUAUCUUAUUCAAAUAUUAAUGAAAGGCAAGAAAUUGACCAAAAAGGAAGUGUUGGAGCAGUCCAAGCUUUACUUGAAAUCUGGAAUAUUUGGUUUGACAGUGGCCGGUUCAUUUGUAACAUUAAAUUGUAUAUUCAGGAACCUAUUCUUCAGCCAGUUCUCAUAUUACAACACGGUCCUGCUCCCGUGCACCAUUAGUGGGCUCGCAGUAUAUUUCGAGCCACCUCACAGAAGAAUACUUGUUUUAAAUCUUUUUGUCAAUUUGGUAUUCGAAUAUUGGGUGCGCACUCUAGAAAUGAAAGGCUGGCUCCGGCGGUCUCCAGGCAGAGAAACGCUCAUAUUCAUGUUUAGCAGCGCCGUCUUGUUCUAUCUUAUGCGGCGAGAAAGAGAGAAUGAUAAACGGACUCCAAUUUUCUGGUUCUUCACUCCACCGAGGGUCUCUAAAGAAGUUGGAGAGCCGAUCGAAGGAUUUGAAGGCCGUAGUCACGCGUGCCCUCAUGAGGAAUCUUGUAGAAGCUACAUUUUAAAGGGCACAGCCAAACUGUUCGGCGUGGGCUGCGCUAUGACAAUGUUGCGAACAAUCUUACCUAGAAUCCUGACUCCGGCGAAAGCUUUUAAGUCUUUGAAAUUGUCGCAUCUCAAGCUCGGAUUGUUCUUCGGUGGCUACAUUGGUAUUUACAGGUUAGUAGUAUGCUUACUGUGCCGGUCGCACGGCCGCGACAGCGCGCUGUUCGCGGUACCGGCGGGUUUCCUCGCCGGUCUUGCGUUCAGAGCAGCGCCCUCUACACCUAUAGCGUUCGCGCCACUCACAUCUUCGUUACAGAUCUUAAGCUCGUGGGCAUAUCAGAAAGGUAUGAUUCCGAAGAACUGGCCGAUAGUCGAGGUCCUGUACUGCCUGUGCCAGGGGCUGCUCUUCCACGCGAGGGUCAUGCACGAGGAUGUGUGUCCGCGGUACAUCAUCAACUUGAUGCACACCGUCACGAGCUCGAAGGCGGACGAAAUCCAAAGUGCUUUUAUUGAGAAGAUGUUGAAAACAAUGUGAGUCUCAUUAACAUGCAAUAAUUUUGUACUAAAUUACUAUAGUGCAAUUGGAACAUGUUUGAAACCUCAAGACUGUGUAAUAUUGUUACUAUAAGUACAAUGAAGAGUGAUCAAAGCAUCAUAAACUCUGACUGUUACCAAAAAUCAUAGGAAGUUUCAAAUUAAAAUAGAAAUUUUUCAAAUUCAUGUUUUUACAUGUUUUAUAUUAUUUAUAUGAAAAUGUUUGAGACUUCGACAUUGUUGACCGAUUAUAAUAAAAGUUAACACAUGUAUUAUUCUUGGCUGGAGGAGGUUUUUUGCAACAUCCAUUUUGUUAUAUUACGCCACUAGAUGGAGCUGCAGUAAAGGCAUUUAAGUAUGGAGAAUAUUUUUACACCUUAUUGUCACUUGAUGCUGAUUAUACUGUAUAAAUAACUAGUUGCUAUAAAAGUUACGAAUAAGGUAAGUUACCAGAAUUUAUCAUAAAAAGUGACUGAACUAAAUUGUGUUUUAUUACAUAGCUGAGAGGUUUCAUUUUCAAUUGAGUACACUCAUUAAGUUUUAUUAAAUUAUUUAGGUGCAAAUCUGUGAUUAUUAUAUUAAGCAUAUUAUUUGUUAUGUGGAACAGGGUUGAUUUAAAGUUAUAUUUAAUUUCAAUCUGUUAUUAAUUUUAAGUGGUUUUGGUUACGUAAUUACGUUAUCAAAGUGUUAGACAUAUCGUUUAGUGUAUUUAUGAUGCGAAAUUGACAAUGUCUUUAUUUUAUUAUUAUUUCUAUUAAAAUACAAUCUUAAAUAAAGUUUACUUACUUUCAGUGACAAUAAAAGUACUGGAAAAAAGAUUUAUAACACGAGUUGCCAUUAACAAAAAUAAGGAGUAAAUCCAUAAUACAUUGCAAUUGAAAUUUUAAAUUUUGAUGGUAAAUAUGUAUUUGGCAACUGUAUAAUAAAAGAGUUAAAUUAGUGACUAGUUAGGUCCAACUUGUUCUAUGGUAAUUGUUUUUGAACACAAACGCCUGUUUUUAAAUAAUAAGGCAGGUGUACUUGUUUUUGAAAAUUGAGACAUUGCUAGAGUUCUGUAUGAAUAUACAGUUACUUUUAUUUUUGUUCUUGAAAGUAAUUAUUUUUAUUUAUCAAAGUAUUUUAAACAUAUACUCAUUUAUUUGUCGAAUAUUUUAGAAACAAUUAUAUUAUGGUGGUGUGGUAUUAUUGUAUUAUGAAAGUAUAAUGGGCUCUGUAGACGGUCAAGUGGCUUGUGUUAAACAGAAAAAAAAAAUCUUUUCAAAAGGCCAGUAGCAUACUUGCAAUUUUUCUGGUGUUGCGAUGCUUAUGAGUCAUUUAUAAUCUAGUGCGCCGCAUGCUCGUUUGCCAGUGUUAUAAAAAAAGUACUUCCGUCUCUGUUCUACAAGCAAUAGACACAUGCUUGAAUCGAAUUGCUUAAACGUUUACGGAGCUCAUACGAUUAGCCUUACAAAAUAGGUGCUGUUGAAGCCAAAUCGUAGUAUUGUUAAACGUCUAACUUUAGUUGUAAGCACAAUUUUUACUUAACACGAAUAGGUGUUUGGUAGUUAGCAAAUAUUUUUUUUAUUUAUCAAUAAAAAUAUACGCAUAAAAGUAUUUUUAUGUUAAUUUUAUCAGAAUGUGUUUACGGAUAAAAACAGUAUUUCCUUAACUUGAUAGUUUUGAAUGUACUUCAUAGUUUAAUUAAAAUAUCAAACAAGAGACAAAAUGUGGCAAAAUAAAUAAGUUUUAAUUGAUAUAUCUGUAUAACUCCAUUGUGUUUUUGUUCGUCAAUAACUCGAAUUUAUUCUUUACAGAAUUUCGGUUUUAUAAUAAAUAAUAUCAGCGAUUUUAAAGCACAUAAUUAUAUAAAUUUAAUUGAAUCUCCUUUUUUUUUAUAAAAUAGAUGAAUUUUUAUACUGAAACGGAAAUUGGCUUAGUAUUUGUCGGAAUAUUUCAUUUUUACUUUCAUAUGUUUAUGUUUAAAAUCUUAGUACAAUAUUUAUAAUUCUACUUAUGGAUAGUGUUUUGUCUUUAUACAGGUUAAAAUAUUACUUUUUUUGAGUUUUAAUGCUCUAUUAGUGAAACCAUAUAUUUAAUAACCUUCAGACCGUCUCGCUACAUGUUUUAUGAGAGAUGGCAAUUAGCGAUAUCGAUUCGAUAACGAUAUCGAUUCUCUAGACAAGUAGCAUACGAAUUCGUCGAUGGAAUCGACUGAGAGAGAUAAAAUGAGAUAGCAACGCCGGUUGACUUAUUCCAAGUCACGCACUCGCUAGGGAUGGCCAAUGCUAUCGACAAAUUCGUAUGCCACUUGUCUAGAGAGCCAGGUUACACUGGCUACCUUCUACACACUGACAAUGAGAAGAAAAAAAUUCUGCCUCGGAAGCGGAGACAUGACAGCGAUACAUCAGUCUACUUGUAACCACGGCCGGUGUAACACGGUCGAAACGUCGAUAUAAUUUAGACAAAUUAUCAUAGUUUACCUAAAUGAUCGCGUAAUCUCGUUUCUUGUAUAAUAUAAAACUGUAUAUUUUCCCUAGAGGAAUAUGAGUCGAGAAACGACAACACGAUUUGAAAUUCCCAUACUAACACGAUGAAUUCUGGUGACAAUUAAACAGUAGAAGAUUUUUUGUCCUUUUUCGACGCUUGCUUCAUUCCUGUACGUUAAUUAAUUCAUUCCUUAUAACUGGUGUUAGUAUUUACCAAUAGGGUCUCAAAAAAUUCCCCUUAGUUGCCAGUCCUCAGGAAUGGCAACUCAUGAGGGGUAUCAUGGUCGAAACAGUAUACUCUGUUAUGUACAUGGUACUGCUCAUGUCUAUAGGCGACGGUUACCACUUGCCAUCGGGUGGGCCAUCAGCUUGUCUGCCAUUCUAAGUUGUAUAAAAAAAAUCUCAUUGUGAACAAUGUAAGAUUUCGAAAUAAUCUUGACGUGUAUAUUUACAGAAGUAACAGUGUAUAAAAGAAUAAUUACAUUAAAUAUGAUUUUCCAUUUAUUUAUUAUUGCUUAUUAUAACUUUGAAACUAUUAGAUUCGACAAAAAAAAGACUAAGUUUGCUUAUUAAUUGUGACAAUUCUGAUAAAAAAAGAUUUCACAAUACGAAGAAUUUUUAUCAUUUUUCAAAUCGAUAAAUGAAUAUGCCAUUAAAUAUUUUAACUCAGUAAUAUGAAUCCAGUAUUCUCAGUAUACGUAUAAUUUGUUUUAAAAUGUAAUAUAAUAAGCUUGUAUUUCAAUUUUGUAUUUUAGAAGCAACGAUUAGGUAAAAAAAUUGUAAUCGUAAGAUAAAACGAAUAAUUUACAUACAUAUACUGUUCGAAAUAUGUCUUUAUAUGCAAAUAUUCUUUUUAAGACUUUAUUUUUAUUUUUGAAAUGAGUUAUUCCCAUUUGAAAUAUUUCCCUUUUGGAAUGAUAUUUAAACAAAAUCUAAGUCGAAUACUUUUGAAUUAAUCGAAUAUGAAUGGUUUCUAUAAAAAUAUGACCUAGCGACAGAACGUGUUAGUUGAAAAUGUAUAUUAAUGUUUAUUUUUAGUUUGUAUGCCUGAAAGGCAUCUAUACUACUAUAAUAAAGAGCAUCAUAUACGGCGCGAAUAAUAUAAAAUCUGAGUUUAUCGUAAGGAUCUGUACAAUUUUAUUCAAAUAGGUCAUUUCUACUAUUAAUAUUGUAAAUGAAUACUGAUAAAGUAGUUUGAGCGACUGUACACGUACACACGCACAUACAUACAUACAUGCACAUGCACGCACAUACACGCACACAUAUAUACGCACAUACCUAUAAGCACACACAUACACACGCACACACACACAUCCACGCACACGCACACAUACACGCACACGCACACGCACGCGCACACGCACACGCACAUGUACAUGCACAUGCACAUGCAUACACACACACGCAUACACUAACACGCACACACGCUCAUACACGCACGCACACACAUAAAUACAUACAUAGGAUGUUUUUAUUGUAAUUCAAGCAGCCCAAUACUUGAAAUACAAUUUUAUGUAGACAUUGCAAGGUUGUAUGAAGUUUUAAAUAAAAAAAAAGGUGAAAUAUGAAUUUACAUGAUAAUUGACGAUUUAUUCCUUCUAUGAAAAAUAUUGAACUGGCCAAACUUUAGGAGUACCACAUAUACCUUAAUUAUGUUUGUUCGUAGCUGGAAGUAAAUUAAUUUUUAUGCACAAAUUUUUGCAGAAAAAAAUCUGCAUCGUGUAUGAUGGUCUUAACUAUGUAUUUAUUAGAAGUAUUAUUUAUUAUAUUAAUACAAUCACACAUGAACAUUAUUGUUUCCAUUUUUUUUAUUAUAUUACGAAUGAAUAAGUAAUAAAAAAAUGCCAUGAUAGCGAGUUUGGUGGAUUUGUAAGGUUUUGUUAAUUAAACAUUGAAGCUAAAGAAAUUUAAACUACAGGUAAUUGUAAAAUAUGUCACAGAGUUCACUCUCUUUUGCAAGAAAUUGCAAUAUUUGGCGGUGUUUAUCGUAUUCCUCCGAGUGAAACAUCAGUUUGUGAAGAGUAGUCUAUUUUGCAUAAAAAUGUGCCUAUAUAUAUUAUUAGUUCUUAUUAUGUCAAUUUUAUUUUGUAUAAAAAUUCCAUACUAUUAAUAAAUUAUUGCCAUACCAUUUUGUAGUAGGAUAAAAAGGGCAAUGUUGAUAUAUUUACCUGUCUUUAUCAUAAUGGCCCAUUUUGAGCACAUCUGCUUAAUACGCUUUUCCACGAUACAGUAACUUGUAAUUACAAUUAGAUAUUUCGAAUGUUUGUUUAUUUUUUUAAUAAAUAAUAAUGAAGAAUUUAGAU